AUGGUCCUUCGCAACUUACGUGGUCUCAAUUUGUCACAUAAUUCCUUAGGUAGAGAAAUUCCAUCAAAGAUUGGAGACUUGACUUCUCUGGAAUCUCUUGAUCUUUCAAACAACAAUUUGGUCAGGAGAAUCCCCAACAGUCCAUCAAAUUUAUAUUGUUUGAGCCACCUGAACUUGUUCAACAAUAAUCUGUCGGGACCAAUUCCCACUGGAAGUCAACUGCAAACUCUCGAAGAACCUUCAAGUUACGAGGGCAAUCCCCAACUCUGUGGAGCUCCCCUGCCGAAGAGAUGUCCCAGCCAUGAACCACCAAAGGACUCCAAUACUGAAGAUGAUGCUGCAGAUGAUGGGGAUUCAAUGGAUAAACUAUGGUUUUGUGUAUUUGUUGUUGGUGGAUUUGGCAUAGGAUUUUGGGGGUUUGUUGGAUUUUUGGUCUUCAAAAGGAGUUUCAGACAGGCUUACUUUCAUUGUACAGAUGAGAUGGGCAGCAAGAUACUUCUUGCUGGGGCAUUAUUUGCUCAGAGAUUCUCAGAGUUGUGGAGUUCAUGUGUUGCUAAAAAUACAUCAAUUGGUUGCAUUGCAGUAGAGAGGAAAGCUCUUCUCAAGUUCAAAUCAAGCCUUGAUGAUCCUUCGAAUAUUACACUCCCUUCAUGGCGGGGCAUCGAUUGCUGCACAUGGGAAGGUAUUACUUGUGAUGAGAUUACAGGAUUAAGGAAAUUUGUUGAUCUCAACCUUGAAUCGAACAAUCUUGACCAUGCAUCGGAUUGGAUUUCAGAAUUCUUGUCUGGUAAAUGCCACUUGGAAUCAUUGAGUCUCCAGAAUAAUUCCUUUCAUGGGAAGAUCUCAAGAGUUUUCAAGAACAUUUCAGGAUGUUCGAGUCAAAACUUACUGAAUCUAAAUAUGGGCUACAACAAUUUUGAUGGUGACUUACCUAGUGAGUUGGAUAAAGUCAAAAAAAUAACAAACCUGGAUCUUAGUAGAUCAAAUAUUAGCGGUCAAAUUCCAGAAUCUCUUGGAAAUUUGUCAUUCUUAAGAGGUUUGAUUAUGAGAGAUAACAAGUUAGUUGGCCCCAUCCCAUCAUCCAUUGGAAAACUGAAGGUACUUUGGGUGUUGGAUCUUUCUUCAAAUCGAUUAAGUGGCGAAAUUCCAAUUUCUUUUGGGCAACUAUCAAAUCUCGAGAGCUUGGACAUUUCACACAACUCAUUCAAUGGAACAAUUUCUGAGGUUCACUUUGUCAAUCUCUCAAAAUUAGAAAAGCUCUAUCUAUCCAACAACUUAAUCAAUUUUAAGUUUGGAUGUAGUUGGGUACCGUCUUUUCAAUUGACAGAACUCAACAUGGCAUCUUCCAACGUUGGAGGUCAGAUUCCACGAUGGCUUCAAUCCCAGAUGGCGCUGAGUCAGCUAGAUUUAUCCAAUUGCAACAUUUCAGAAACUCUCCCAAAGUGGCUUGGCAACAUGAAUUUGGUGGAGUUGGACCUAUCAAAGAACCACAUCUAUGGAACAAUUCCAAACCUUUCUUCUAGCUUGACGAGCUUAGAUCUUUCAGAUAACAUAAUAAAUCACCUUCCGAGCAACAUUGAUCUUCUGCUACCUUAUCUUGAAUAUUUAUUAUUGGCCCGGAACUCCAUCAAUGGUUCACUGCCUGAUUCAUUGUGCAAUAUGAGUGAUUUGACUCUUUUAGUUUUGUCCAUGAAUGGUUUCUCUGGAUAUUUGCCAGAUUGUUGGCAAGACAGUUAUUUAUCGUAUUUGGAUUUGUCGUCCAAUGAACUUUCAGGCAUAAUUCCAGAAUCCAUUGGAGCUGCUCGUUACUUGUCAUGGCUGCACUUGAACAACAACACUUUUACAGGACAGAUUCCCUCCACUUUGCAGAACUCUACUUAUUUAGAAGUGUUGGAUGUUGGAGAAAAUAUGUUGUCUGGUAGAAUACCUGAAUGGAUUCGACACAAUAUGCUUGAUCUGAAAAUUCUUCGACUAAGGAGUAAUCAAUUUCAAGGAGUGAUACCUCAUACACUCUGUCAAGCUUCUCAGCUUCAAGUUCUAGACAUCGGAAACAACAAUUUGACUGGGUACAUCCCGCGCUGUGUUGGAAAUUUCUCAGGCAUGAUUGAAAAGAAUCAUCUACGUACUAGAGUUGUGUUCCUUCGCAACUUACGUGGUCUCAAUUUGUCACAUAAUUUCUUGGAUAGAGAAAUUCCAUCUAAGAUUGGAGAGUUGACCUCUCUGGAAUCUCUUGAUCUUUCCAACAACAAUUUGGUCGGGCGAAUCCCAAACAGUCUAUCGAAUCUAUAUCUUUUGAGCCGUUUGAACUUGUCCAACAAUAAUUUGUCUGGAGCGAUUCCCACCGGAAAUCAACUGCAAACUCUCGAUGACCCCUCAAUUUAUGACGGCAAUCCCCAACUCUGUGGAGCUCCCCUGCUAAAGAGAUGUCCUGGCAAUAAACCAACUAAGGACUUCAAUCCUGAAAAUGAUGCUGCAGAUGAUGGAGAUUCACGGGAUAAAAUAUUGUUUAGUGCAUUUGUUGUAGGUGGAUUUGGCACAGGAUUUUGGGGGUUUGUUGGAUUGUUGGUCUUCAAAAGGAGUUUCAGGCAGGCUUACUAUCGUUUUGUGGAAGAGAUGGGCAGCAAGAUACUUCUUGCCGCUGCUUUAUUUGCUCGGAGAUUCUCAGGUAACUGA